CCCAGGAGACAGGGAGGAGAAGGUUACCUGUAAGGGCAGAAAACAGCAGCCUACCGGCUGGUUGGGAAAAUCUGAAAGAUGGCUGCCAGCACCCCUGGCAUUGCAAAAGUCCCGUGUCCCCUCUCCAGGGCCAUAUUUGCUCAUUUGUUUGCUUUUGCUGAAAAUUCUUCUGACUGAGGAGAUAGUCUUUAAUUCAAUUAUUGGAAAGAAGAGUAAAAACAAAUUCCUCAGAGCCAGGCAAAUCCAGGACUUUAAUAAUUUACACCAAGAAGGAUUUACCUGGAGGAGCUGGUGCUUCCCAGAAAGCAGGUUUGGGGGGUGGAGGGGGGAGAUGGGACAGAGCGACACACUGGACCCUUGGAAGACAACUUUUCCCCUUCAUGGCUCCACAGUUUGGGGGAGUGGUACGGAAGUAAAUUCCUAGACAAGAGGGGCUCACCCAGCCCCCUCUCUGCAGGGCCAUGGACAGCAGAAGGACAGUGGCGGGCAGUGGACGUGGUCUUGGACUGCCUCUUUGUGAAGGAAGGAGCUCUUGCCAGCAGUGGGAACAAGGCCCAGGCUCUGCUUGUGCUAAGGCAGGUGCCAGUGCUGGAUGAUGGCUCCCUGGAAGGCUUCACUGAUUUCCAAGGGGACACCUUGGCCAAAGACAACACACCUACUACCUUUGAGGCCUCAGGCCAGCCAAGAGGCCACUAUCGAGAAAACAGCUUGGUUCAUCGCCAACGUGCAGGUGUCUGGAGGGGGACCUAGUGUCUCCAUGGUGAUGAAGACUUUCGGGGAUGCUGAGAAUGGAGCUGCCUGGCACCCCACACUGAACCUGCCCCUGAGCCCUGAGGGGACUGUGCGGACUUCAGCACGCCCACAGUUCAGCAACCAGGGGACCUUGAGGAUGCAGCGGCCCACAAGCACCCCUUUUUCCACCAUAGUGGAGUUCCAGGUGACCACACGGACCCCAUCCCUGAACACCCCUCUGGGGAGCUCGCCCUCCCUGCACUGUGGCUUCUCCAUGGCACCAGGCCUGGCCUUCAUCAGCGUGGAGUGGCGGCUGCAGCACAAGGGCAGUGGCCAGCUGGUGUACAGUUGGACCACGGGGCAGGAGCAGGCCAAGCGGGAGGGCGCUGCCCUGGAGCCCGAGCAGCUACGCGUGGCUGGAGACGCCUCCCUCACCCUACCCAGCCUCACUCCAAAGGACGAGGGGGCCUACAUUUGCCUGAUCACCACCUCUCUGUACCAAGCUCAACAAAUCAUCCAGCUUGACAUCCGAGCUCCUCCAAAAAUAGGACUGCGUUUGAUAAACCAAGCUGUGCCACCCACCCUCACCUGCAGCAUCGCUGGCUAUUACCCUCUGGACGUGGCUGUGACAUGGACCCGAGAGGAGCCAGGCAGAGCCCCAGUGCAAGUCUCUGGUGCCUCCUUUUCCAGCCUCAGGCAAAGUGCUGCAGGCACCUAUAGCAUCUCCUCCUCCCUGACAGCAGAACCUGGCUCUGCAGGCGCCACCUACACCUGCCAGGUCACCCACAUCUCCCUGAAGGAGCCCCUUAGGGCCAGCGCCUGGGUGGCUCCACCAGAGACGGGAACGGCCUUUGGCAUCCUCCUGGCCAGCAGCCUCUUCCUUCUUGCACUGCUGCUCCUGGGACUUCAGAGACGGCAAGCUACUUCACCAAGGUCUGGCAAGAUUCUGGGUGGCUACUCUCCUGCCUCAGAGUAAAAAGGAAGAAUAGCCACAUUCUCCCAGAGGGACUCUGAAGAGAUCUUUAGCCAGAGUUCAGAAAGCCUCCAAGAAAGGCAGGAAAAGCCAUCGGAUCAAGGGGACACUGACUCUGGCUCUGGAUAUGCAGAGGCCUCUGCCUUCCUUUGCUGGGUGCCCUGGGCAGAAAAAAGGCCCGAGGUGAGGGGGUAGCAGGAAGGCAGAAUGUCUAGGGUGGAGAUUAAAGCUAAAGAGCCAGAUUGGGGCUGAGGCUAUAGAUAAAGAAAACAAAGAAAUUAAGAAAGGGCAAGUGAGGGACCCUGGGGCAAAAGGGAGAGGGUUGGGCUGCCAUUCACAAACACUGAAUUUUGUCAAAAUAAAAACCCUUGUGCCCUGUGA